AGCUGGGCAGCGCGCCCGGGGCACCGGCCAGGCUGGGCACCGCCACUCCGCUCCCAGCGCUGGAUCCGCAGCAGGAGCCCAUGGAGCCGGCGGGGCCGGAGCCAGGAGCCGGCGCGGGGCCGGAGCGGGGCGCGGAGGAGAUUGACAUGUCCCUGGAUGACAUCAUAAAGCGCCACAGGAAAGGACAAACAGGUGCAAAGUUAGUAGGGGACAAACGAAGGCAGCAAGUCAAGAACAGGAAUUCAGCAUAUGGAAACGGGAGACCUAGGUUCCGUACCUGGAUGCAACGAAACCUGCAAGGACCCAGUCAAUUUAGAAGAGGGUUUGGACAGCAGCAGUAUAAUAGAAGACAAUUUAGAAGUGCCAUGGCUGGUCCAAGAAGAGUAGCUGCCACAUUAAAUGGAGCGAGCCCUUUAAACCACCAGGCUUUAGCUCAAGAGGGCAACCAGAAUGAUGAAGUGCUUACAAAAGCUGACAGCGGACAGCCUGAAGCACAGAGACGGCUACCCCAGCGCCCCAAGAGAUUCAGAACAGCGGGAGUCACUGGCGAAGCCCCAUCUAGAAGGCCUUUCACGCUAAACAGGAGACCAGCCUUCCAGCAGAGGCAAUCCAAAGUCAGCUUUACCAGAGGGGUCAGUGUGCGACAGGCUCUUCAAACAGAACCACACGCGGAAGGGAAACGGCCACGGACGAGAAGGUGGCACCUGCAGCCCAGCUCGGGAGCAGUUCUAACCAUUUCUGUGUCUAAUCCUCAGGCCAGCCACAUCCGUCUGCCGGGAAGCAAGCGACCAUUCCUCAGAGGUAGAAGACCCCCACCGAGGACAGCCAAGGCCCAGCCCCGAGGAGUGCCGCUAAGAUUCAACUUCCGUGCGAUGGCGAAUCAGGUAGAGCGGAUGGCACAAGUGUGUGAAUGCUCAGAUCAGCUGGACACACCAUGCUCCGCGCUGCACGGCUGCAGGGCACAGUUGUCAUGUGACCACUCGGAUUUUCAAAACAAUCCGUUUCAAUUUGGAUUCAAAACCCCAUUUUGUUUGAAUUUUACUAUUUCAAUUUUAUGUUUUAAAAAGUAAAAAAAAAAAAAAUCUUGGUAACAAAACAUUUUGUUCAACGUGAAAUAGUUUUUGGGGAUUUUCCAGUUUGGCCCCUGAAUCAAAACGCUGGUUAUUCGCAGAGCUCUGGCUUUCACACUGUCACACACAUAUGGCCACAGUGACCCAGAAUAGCUCCAAGCUCCUGCUUUAUCUUUCCUCCCAGUUACUCGCGUUCCUUGCCAGGACAGCAUUACUAGAUACUGUGCACUCACAUGCCCCUUGCUUGUUCCUGUCCUGACUGAGGAGGAUCUCCAGCCAAAUGCAUUUUAUCAAGCUCCUUGCACAGCUCCAUGGGAUGGAUAGUUUAAUUGACUUGCUGGCUGCAGAAGCCCAUUCCUGGCGUGUUUUAAUCCAUACCCCCUGCAGAUCGGGGUGU